GCGCGGCGCGGCGGCAUGGCGGCGAGGCCGGUGGACUGUCACUGCCACCUCUCCGCGCCCUGCUUCCAGUCGGACGUGGCGGCCGUGGUGCGGGCGGCCCGGCAGGCGGCGGUGGCGGCGCUGGUGGCGGUGACCGAGCAGGCGGGGGAGUUCCGCGGCGUGCUGGAGCUGUCCGACAGGUUCCCGGGGUUCGUGCUGCCGUGUCUGGGCGUUCACCCUGUGCAGGAUGUUUCUCCAGAAGAGCAACGCAGCGUUACUUUAAAGGAUCUGGAUGCAGCAUUGCCACUUAUAGAACUCUACAAAGAUAAGUUGGUGGCAAUUGGAGAAGUUGGAUUAGAUUUCACUCCUAGAUUUGCCAGCACAGAUGAACAGAAGGAAGGACAAAGACAGGUUCUGAUCAAGCAGGUUGAGUUAGCAAGAAAACUGGAUUUGCCUUUAAAUGUUCACUCCCGCUCAGCUGGAAGACCAACCAUUAAUCUCUUAAAGGAGCAAGGUGCUUCAAAGGUGUUGCUUCACGCGUUUGAUGGGAAGCCAUCUGUAGCCAUGGAAGGAGUGAAAGCUGGAUACUUCUUCUCCAUUCCUCCUUCCAUUAUAAGGAGUGAUCAGAAGCAGAAACUUGUGAAAGUGUUACCUCUGGAAAGUAUAUGCUUGGAAACCGACUCCCCUGCUUUGGGGCCUGAAAAACAGGUGAGAAAUGAACCAAAAAAUAUUUACAUUGCUGCAGAAUAUAUUGCUAAAAUUAAAGGAAUUCCAGUUGAAGAAGUUAUAGAAGUGACGACACAGAAUGCACUGAAAGUAUUCCCCAAACUUCGUAACUUCCUUCAGGUAUAGACUUAGAAACUGAUGUUGUUGAAACUAUUGGUUAUGAUGUAAUAAAUAAAACCAACACACA